UGCAAUGCAACCCUGGCGUUUGACACUUUGACGUGGACACGAACAACAACGAAUAGUAGGGUCGACGCGGCAGCAGACGAUACUAGCUCAUUUAAGUAGAAAUUUUCGAUUAAAGCAGAGAACCCAGCACACUUCACAAGACAUGGACAAGGUUGUUAAAUUCGCCGAGCCUGGACGCGCCUUCGCCAAGGACUCGAUCCGUCUGGUCAAGCGAUGCACCAAGCCCGACCGCAAGGAGUUCCAGAAGAUCGCAAUCGCCACCGCUAUUGGUUUCUGCAUCAUGGGCUUCAUUGGCUUCUUUGUCAAGCUGAUACACAUCCCCAUCAACAACAUCAUCGUGGGCUCCUAAGUGCGGUUGAGAUUACAAAUUCAAAUCAUCCAUUCUAGCAUAUGUCAGAUAAAUUUUUUUCGUUUAGUUAACAUGCAUUAUAUAGAUAGAGAAAAACUAUGUGCAUUCAGCGAAUGUCUUUCUUACAGAAUUUUCAUACAUGUGAAAACGUAUUGUAAAUUUUCAAAAUUCCAUUUAUAACUCUAUGUUGAGGUGCAUGAACAAGUUAGUUAAUAAGAGCCAAUUGUAAAAACAUUCAUCCCAUUUGUUGGUGGGCUUGUGAACCCGUUAAUAAAUGUUAAAUCGAUUUUUCAACUAAAAA